AUGUUUGACUGCGAGCAAGAUGCCUUCAUUCGCACUGGAAAUGCCUGUGGCGGUCAUCAUUUGCAAGCCAAUCACUCAGCUGGUCCCAUGCUCUACCGCUACAAUGGACUCUUACUGGAACCGCAUGUACACGAGCUAAUUCAGAAGACGAAGACAGUAACGAUGGCUGGCCCAAUUGCCGCUUUACAUUCAUGGAGCAUCGAGCAGUCACCUCCUCCCGUGCGACUACCGACGAGAACCGGUCAACAGUUUCAUGAAGUCAAUAUCCGAAGGAAUGGGUGGCUGUUCUAUACGAGAGGAGACCAUAAGCGAGGAGACUGGACGCGUUGUAUUUGCUUGGCUGCCAUAAACGCUAUAUAG